GAUCGUAUGCUACGCGUAUCUAUCAGUAUUUUUUAAUUCAUAGAAAUGCUUCGAACACUUAAAAAAGGCGGUUCUUUCAAAAUAACAGUGUUUUAUUUCAAAUUUAGACUGAAUUCGACUAUAAAAGGAAAUAAAAGUAUGAGAGGUUUAACCAGUAAUCCAUAUGUACUGAAUUUUAAAGAUAUUCCAGGCCCUAAAAGCUAUCCUAUUAUCGGAACUUUAUAUAAAUAUUGGCAAUUGCUUGGCGACUACGAUACAGAGGCAAUAGACAAAGCGGCAUGGCUCAACUGGCGCAAGUACGGAGGACUUGUCAAAGAGGAACCUGGUAUAAGGCUACUACAUGUAUAUGAGCCACAGCUUAUAGAAAGCGUUUUCCGCCAGAAAGAACGGUACCCAGCAAGAAGGAGCCACGUGGCCAUGCAUCAUUAUCGUCUCAGCAAACCACAAGUUUAUAACACUGGCGGACUUCUGUCAACAAAUGGUCCUGAUUGGUGGAGAAUAAGAAGUGCUUUCCAAAAGAAUUUCUCAAGCCCCCAAAACGCCAAGCAAUAUGUUCAAGAAGUGGACAAUAUUGUCAAAAGAUUCAUUCAAUGGAUCCACCAUAACAAACCGUCUCAUCAUGACGAUUUUUUACAAUAUUUGAAUCGUUUAUAUUUAGAAAUAAUAGGAAAGAUUGCUUUCAACGAAGAAUUUCAGAGUUUCUCACCACAUGAGCAGAAUCAUAAAUCCCGAAGUAGUAAAAUUAUUGCUGCCGCUUUCGGGUCCAAUAGUGGAAUUAUGAAGCUCGAUAACGGCAUAAUGUGGAGGUUCCUUAAAACGCCACUGUACAGAACUCUCUCAAAAUCUCAGGAAUAUUUAGAAAAAAUAUGUAUGGAAAUACUACUGAACAGAAUAACAUUUUACGAAAAAGAAAAAGAUGAAACUGAUAAAUCAUUGUUAGAUUCAUUUAUUCGACUUCCUAAUAUAGACUUGAAAGAUUUAACUGGAAUCAUGGUGGAUAUUUUAAUGGCAGCUAUAGAUACGACUUCUUACACUACGAGUUUUGCUUUAUACCAUCUAGCACGAAAUCAAGAAUGCCAAGAUAAUAUUUUUAAUGAAGUAUUAUCGCUUCACUCUACAGAAGAAAAUGAACUUACUGCUGAUCUGUUAUCGAAUGCUGUGUAUGUAAGAAGCUGCCUUAAAGAAAGUCUUCGUUUGAAUCCCGUCUCUAUAGGAGUGGGAAGAAUAUUACAAAACGACAUGAUAUUGAAGGGAUUUAUGAUACCAAAAGGGACGGUGGUAGUGACCCAAAAUAUGGUGGCAUCUCGAUUACCCCAGUAUGUUAACGAUCCGUUACGCUUCAAGCCUGAGAGAUGGAUUCGCGAUUCUGAACAAUUUGAAAACAUUCAUCCAUACCUAAGUCUACCUUUUGGUUUUGGACCCCGUUCAUGCAUAGCAAGACGUUUAGCUGAACAAAAUAUGUGCAUUACUUUGAUACGGUUGAUUCAAAAAUAUAAAAUAACAUGGAUGGGUGGAGAACUAGGAAUAAAAACCCUUUUAAUCAACAAACCCGAUCAACCGAUAUCACUAUCGUUUACUCCUAGAACAACAUAGUAGUAACAAUUUCUUGUGAUUGUAAAAAUGUUGGACUGUAUUUUCAAAACUUGAAAGCAUCUAUAACGGUUUAAGUUGCGGUCUGAAAUCAGAAUUAAAUGACUAUGCAGUGUUUA